UUCUCCUCUCGAGGAGGUUGCAACAUCACAUCCGAGAGCUGCGCGUCCACAACCGCAGUCGCCUUUUUACGCACCAAUAAGCUCGGAGGAGAGCGUCCUCUCUCCCUCCUUACAUUUUUUUAAAAUCCUCGUCUCUUUUCCCCCCUCUCCACACUACUGGACUACACGCACUGCUACUGGAGCUAUACUAGCGAUUGGGAAUAAUAGACGUGUUGCGCAACGACGAGAUGACAUUUUACCCUGAAAGCACCUCGUGCUAAAUGCUGCUUUAGAGUGACGAGUGCCAGGCAGCAGCCUCCACAUGGAGUCCAGGGUUCCUCAGCACAUCCCCAGAGUGUCCUCCUCCAUCAUAUCUCAGCCUCUGUUGGACAACCGAGUGCCCUACGGCCGCCUGCAGCACCCUCUGACCAUCUACCCGAUCGAUCAGAUCAAGUCCUCGCACGUGGAGAACGACUACAUCGACAGCCCAGCGGUCGUCUCCCAGCAGCCGUCGGGUCAGAAGGCAGCGAGCAGACGGAUCAACUGGGCGGGUCCCAACCAAGACGGGUUCGUGGGGGCCAACCACAACAACCAUCACAAUCACCAGCAGCACCACCAUCAGGGCCGGUGCGAGCCUCACCACGACGCUACCACCCACCCGUGGAUCUCCUUCAGCGGGCGGCCCAGCUCCAUCAGCAGCAGUAGCAGCACGUCGUCCGAACAGAGGCUGCUGGAUCACGCUGCGCCGAACCCCACCGUGGAUCACCAUCCGAACCUGCACCUCCACCAGGGCCUCGUCAACACAGUUUCCGGUCAAAGUCCGGGAUGCUUGACUUCUUCAGAACCGAAAGUCCUCACCACCUCUUCCUCCGUUUCCUCGUGCGCCUCCUCCACUAAAUCGCUGGACCUCAAGUCUGGGAAACUGCCCACAGGGGGCCAACAGGGGUUGUCGCUUAUUCCGUCAACCCCGGCCGAGAAGAAGCACCUCCUCCUCUGUGAACACUGCGGUAAGUGCAGAUGCACCGACUGCACCCUUCCCCGGACCCUGCCCGCCUGUUGGGUCUGCAACCAGGAGUGCCUGUGCUCCGCUCAGAGCCUGGUGGACGCUGCCACCUGCAUGUGCCUGGUCAAGGGGAUCUUCUACCACUGCACCGAAGAUGAGGACGACGAAGGCUCCUGCGCCGACAAGCCCUGUUCGUGCUCGCAGGCUAACUGCUGCGCGCGCUGGUCCUUCAUGGCCGCCCUUUCCGUCGUCCUGCCUUGUCUGGUGUGCUACCUGCCGGCCACGGGCCUGGCUAAACUGGGACAGAAGUGUUACGACAACGUCAGCAGACCCGGCUGCCGCUGCAAGAACUCGCAAGGGGUGGUCUCGGUGUGUAAAAACGGAGCCGUAGAAGCGAAAGCGGGAACACUUGACAAGCAGCGGCAGGGGUCGUGAUACUAUAUAUCCUGUCUGGUCUCGGCCUUGCUUGAAAACAUACUGGACGCCACCGCAGUACUUGUUCAGUCUCUAGGGACCCCUUAACCAAUCCCAUUAAUCUGCUGGAAGUUGACUCAUGUAAAACAAAAAGGUACUUAAAUAGCUUCUUGACCUGUGUUUUGAAAGGCUGGAUGAUUAAUCCAAGUGUUGGCCGGUAGGUAGAAAAGUUUAGGUGAGACACCACCCACCCACCCAGGAGCGCAGUAGGGUUGUUUUGCAACUGGAGGCACAUUGUAACCUUGGGUAAUUUUGUAACUAACCAUAAGAUGACAUUGGGAAAAUAUUUACAGUAUAUACAAGUUAAAAUAGAGACCUAGAUAUCUUUAUACCUUUGCCCUGCCCUCAAAAGCACAGCCUAGUGUUUUGAGUACCGACAGUUAAAAUAUCGUGCGCUGGCUUGGUAAUGCUGGCAUUCCAUUUGAAAAUGUCCCUAAAUGUGCAAGAUAAAGCCAAUUUUAUUUUGUAAACCAGGCUGAGAACAUCUAACAGAGGCUGAAGGUUAAAGCAGAAUCAGUUUAGAGGUGGCUAACGCUAACCUGCCAAUGUGUCAUAGACCAACACCUUCUCAGGGACUGUCCUCUGCAGAUGUAGAACAUGUGCUACAUUCGAGACCUCCUGGGAAAUUCGAAUUAAGCUAUUUGAUGAUUAAUUCUAAAAAAAAUUCAGUCAAACCGACAAUUAAUUAGGGAUGUCCCGAUCGCAUAUUUCGGCACCCGAGUCACCUGAUGUUGAGAAUCUGCCGAGUCCUGAUCCGAUACCAACAAAUACAAGUUCAAAACAUGUUACUGUCCCACCGUACCGCCUUCGUAAUGUGAAUUAUUUCCAAACAAGGAUAAUUAGCAAAAUGCUUGUCUUGAUCAAAUGCUUCAUUGAGUGAGUCCACUCACACUGCAGAGAACAGCCUCUCACUUACCACCGCACAGUUAUGCAAGUUUAACGAUGAUUGACAUAUUUAUGCCUUUGAUCAUAGCGCUUCUCUGGCAAGAUCAAAGUUACAAACCUGUCAAUCAUCGUUAACUUGAAGUACCAAACGCAAGUUGGACAGUUUAGCCUCACUGCUUAACAGGAAGCAGGGAGGCUGUGGUGCUGUACGAGCAUGAAGCAGAAAAACAAAUGUAUUUUUCCUAAUUUUUCGGAAAAAAUUGCGCGAUCGGCCUGAUUUACGAUCACAUGAUCAGAUCGGGACAGCCCUACAAUUAAUUGUAAUAAAAAGUAGCUAACAACCACUUUAUAUGCAGAACAAGACAUGUUAUAACAGAUCAUUAAAUAUGAUAUCCGUGAAGUUGAGCUCAAAGUUGGAACCCCUGGACUUCAAUGCACGUUCACAAAAGUCGUGAAUCCAAAAUGUCCGACUUUCCUGCUUUCUCUAAUGAUUGCUAAUACAAAAGCUAAGAAAAUUAACAGCUAGAAAUAUGUAACUGACAAUUAAUUAGGGAUGUCCCGAUCGCAUAUUUUGGUACCCGAGUCCGAGUCACCUGACUUUGAGAAUCUGCCGAUACCGAGUCCAGAUCCGACACCAAUAAAAAAGUUUGUAAUUUUUUAACAAAAGUUCCAUGCAUGUUACUGUCCCACCGUGCCGCCUUCAUAAUGUGAAUUAUUUUUAAAUAACGAUAAUGUAGUAAAUUACUUGUCUUUUUCAAAUGCAGAGAACAGCCUCUCGUUUACACAAUAAGUUGCCAUAGCAGACUUGUGCAAGUUUAGCGACGAUUGACAGAUUUUUGCCUUUGAUCUUAGAGCCACAAAGCUUAUCUGGCACGAUCAAAGCUAUAAACCAGUCAAUCAUCGUUAACUUUAAGUACCAAACGCAAGCCGGACAGUUUGGCCGCAGUGCUUAAGCAGGUGGUAGGGCAAGACGCUGUGGCGCUGUACGAGCAUGAAGCAGAAAAACCUAAAAAUUAAAUUAAAAAUCCGAUCCUUUUCAAUCGAUUCCGAUCCUCAGAAAAAUGGCGCAACCGGCCCGAUUUCCGAUCACGUGAUCAGAUCGGGACAUCCCUACAAUUAAUUAUAAUAAAGAGUAGCUAACAUAUUACAGCAAAUCACUAAAUACGAUAUCAGUGAAGUUGAGCUCAAAGUUGGAACCCCCGGACUUCAAUGCACGUUCACAAAAGUCGUGAAUCCAAAAUGUUCGACGUUUUCUAAUUUACAGGUAGUCCCCGGUUUACGACGGACCCAACUUACGCGAUUUUGACUUUACGACGCUGAUGUUCCGGCCGCCAUUUUUUCUUGAGUCAUUUUUUUCAUUCGAGUAAAGGCUGAGUUAAGCUUCUGCGGCAGACCUACGCCGUCAAGGCAGACCCGAUUUACGACCCUCAGCCGUAGCCUGACGUGCAGCUAAACAAAAUUAUGACUACGCGUCGCAUUCAACGCGUAGUAACGUGACGCAAAUGGACUCUGAUUGGUCCGCCCAGACUAUUGUGUCCGGUUCAGCACGAAAUCACCACUAUUUACAAACAUUCUUGCGCUAACGACCACUUCCCCAACGGUCUUCUGCGUCACCUGUGCCUCUACAUUUGUAUGAUCAACAUUUUUUGUUCAAUGUUAAUGAGCUGAAGAUCCACACUUAGUGUUCCAUCUCCGUUGGCAUUGUUGUGUAACCGGAAUAAAACUAGAAGUCGACAAGGGUCCCCCAAAACCAUACAAACACAACGCCACACCCCUCUAGUGGCUUGGCGGUGAAUUACAGAGCAAUGCGUUCCCUUGCCGCAGAACUAUCGAAUGCUCAUUGACGCAGUCACUGCAACGCAGAAGCAUAACUCAGGCUUAACAGUGUCGCGUCCGCCAUUUUAUCGUCAGUCGUGCAGUUUUCACUUAUUUUUUAAAUUUCAUUAAUACUUAAAAUACACGUUUUUGGACAGUUUUUUUUUAAAUCAAGAGGGCGUUUAGAGGUACUUAAAGGGUAAUUCCGAUUUACACGGAAAUCCUCCAGCGCAGGAAUGGAACUUGUUCGUAAACAUGGGACUACCUGUAUUGCUAAUUAAAAGAAUUAAGCUAACAAAAUUAACAGAUAGAAAUGACUUUUCCAUGUGAAGAUUGCGCAAUUGAAAGCAUACUAAAAGAUGCAAAUUAAACACGCCACUUGCACAACCUUGAUUUGCUUUCAGAGGUUGAAGCAAAUCUCUUCGAACGUACUAAAGCACAGUAUGAACGCCCUCAGCUGUUCUGAGCUAUGUGCGCUACUUUUAGCGCGGCCCGAGUGUCUUCAUCGUCAGUGCUGCAUAGCGUUCUCUUUUAAAGUCUAUUUUUGUGGCUUGCAUGAGGACAUUUUUGGGGCAAGCUUACGGUCGCAUGUCAUCACUGUCCGAGGUGUUCGCCGCAGUGGUUAUGCACAAACGUCGGGGGUCAGAAGGGUGUUGACGACACCAAUUUCUCCUCAAAAAUUAAAAAAAAAAAAGAAGAAAAAAGCAUGCUGCCCUUUAAAACUGAAGGACUUUUGUGUUUUUUGGGGCGUAAAGUCGGUCUUUGUUCCUCCAUUUUCACGGUAGACUCCUUUGCUCACAGUUGUCUUGUUGCACAAAAACUGAUUACACACUGUCCAUCGAAUGUAUGUGGCAAUAUUAAAAAAAAUAAAUAAAUAAAAAAAAAAGACAUAAAUCAGUUUAGGUAAAAGGUGCCAAAAUCGAAGAAGAGAGGCAGAGCUCGUAGAUGAGAAAUCACAGACGAUAUAUUUAGUAAUAGAAGCUAUGCAGGUAAACGAGUUAUUUGCUGUAAAUAGUUUCAGGAUUUUUGUGUUCUUUAGUGAAGACAACUUUUAAAUGUCCUUGAAAGGUUGCAUGGUACACUAUAACUAUGACUAAGUACAAAUUACAAAGAGAAUAUAUUAGAUAUCUAUUUUGAAGGGAAGGAAGAUUUUAAAAAAGCUGUGUUUGAUUGAGUGUGUGAGAGGAAGCACUUGAGUUUGAAAGAAGUGUCUCCUGCAAUAAAAAAUUGGAUCGGAAUUGGAAAAAUUCUCGCUGUCGAUGCCCUGCGUGGCUCAUUAGCAGCUGAAGGCUAAGCUAACUCCCUCGCCUGUGGAUUUGUGGAGUGCACAGAAGGGAACACAAUCCACCCGUGUCUGGAUCGACCCAUUUUCUGCUGCCCACCCGCCCCCCUUUACGGUGGUGAUUGACAAACACAGCUGCUGUGCGUACAUUUGUGGCACGGCUCAAGGUUGUGUCGUCGCCGCCGCCUAUUUAGCCCCGUCUUUCCCGAUAGUCUGCCUUUUGAAAUCUGCCCGGCUUAAAAUGACAAUUAUUGGGUUGAUUUUGUCCUCCGAUGCUACACUGCCAUCAAGUCGCUCACUUUUGGGCCAACGUUACUGACCAUGCCUUUGCAACGGCAAUGUUUGGGGGGGAAGCGAAGAAAUCUUUGCUUUUUUUGUUUUGUUUUGUUUAGAUAUAACGGAAAGGAGGAAAAAAAAGCUCUCAUAUAAAAGUUUUCCCUUUAUAGAUAUAUUUAUUUUGAAGUUCUAUUUUAUAUAGUAUUUAUUUAGAUGCCAACUUUCUGUUUGUGAAGAAAGCUUAUGUUGAAAUGGAAUGUACAUUGACAAUGGAAAUAUAUAUUGUUAAAUACACCAAUCUACUGUGUGGCCUCUUUUGUCGAUUGUUGUUCGUCACUUCAGACGUAAGCUAGCACGGUACGCGGCUUUGGUUUGCUAAAAUAUUAUUUAAAAUUUCAAACAUAAGAUUGUGCUUAUGGGCUAGCCAUGCAGCUACCUUAGGAAACUAGCAUGCUAUAAGAUAAACAACGGCCCUGUAGCUAUACACUGCAAAAACACACCUCCUUAAAAGUAAGUAAAUUCCCUUGUUUUCAGUGUAUAUCUACUAAAAAUAAGAGAAAUGAUCUCCCACUGCUUCAAGUAAAUUUUACUCAGAUUUCUUGAAAUUAGAAAAGCAGCUAGCUGAAAAUAAGAUCAACACUUGUUUUAAGCAAUAAAUUAGUAUAUUUAAUCCUUAAAAAAAGCUUUUUAACACAUUAUC